AUGGGCAACAAGCAGUCGAAGAGACGAGAUUCCAGUCUCUCAAUUGUUUCCGACGCCACUGGUGACACUAGCAAAGUGCCACGCACAUGGCGCGGACAUCGACGCGGCAUAUUGAGCUCCUUCGGCUACAGAACAACGGUAGAAAUGCUGGGCGAUGAAGUGCCACCAGACAACAUCUUCACGCCAAUCCAGGCCGAUAAUAUCCUGUCACAGAUCCCGAUUAGCAAUCACCACCCAGUGCCGCGAACGGGCAUCGAAGACAACGACCUGCGAACGCUACACACAAACAGUUUCUACGCUAACGCGUUUCUGAGGGACCAGAACCAGCCCAUAUGGACUCAUCCGUAUUCGAUAUGGUGGGGUAAGGGAUCGCUGGACCCAGGCACAUUGGGGACGUGGGGCAUCAAUGUCGGACAUGUUGAGAAAGCAGAUUUGCAAUACGGGCCAGGAGAGCCUCCGAAGGUGCGCUGUGUCUUCAAUAAUCCGCGCAAACAGUCCAUCAUUCUGUCCGCGGCAGAGCUCGACUCGCAAACUACCUUGACCACCGAUACGCACCUCCCAUUUUCAGUCAACAUCAACCUAAAUGUUCAAUCAAGGUCCAGAGAACCAAAGAUUACGUUCCCCGUCGUACAAGGAAUGGGCUUCGUCACUGCAGGAUACAGAAACGCAAUGCCGACUGUGCAGACUGGUGGAAGGGGUUGGGUAGAGGUGGAAAAGCCAGUCAUGCUUGGACGGACGGCCAAAUACAGAGUAAAGGAUUUUGACGGUCGUGACUGGCUGAUAUACGUGGUUCCUCUUUUGAGUACCACGUAUGAUGCUCGGCAGCUCGUCCAGAUCGAUGCUAGCACACUAUUGGGUCCACCAGCUUUUCAAGGCACAAUACAGGUGGCAAGGAAUCCGCUGGGCAUCAGAGGGGAAGCGAUCUACGACAGAGCCGUUGGUGCUUUUGUGUGUGAAGCCAAGCUCACUGCCAUCGUUAACGAGGCGAAAGCCACAUACUCAUUUAGCUACACGAAGAUUGGAACGUCUCCGUUGCUGAUGUGGGCUUUGCCACACCAUAUCCAGUCUCUUGAUGCUGAGCUCAGAUCUCACGUCACCGAGCUACACCUGCGGACCUCAACGAAGGGUAUGGCGACGGCUGUUUGGGCCGAGAAGCUGACGUUCAUUGAACCACAUCUUCCUGUCACUAUGUCUUUCGGUCCCUGGAGCCCUACGAUGGGUGCUAACGCAAAGAUACGCUAUCCGCCGGACACUCUCGCUUUCAUCAGCUCAACCGCAGAGCGUGACUUACGCCGCGCCAUGACUGAGCCAAUACCUCCAGACUCCUACUACUACGCUGGCAAGACACUGGCCAAGUUCGCGACUAUUGUUUGGGUCAUCAAAGAUGUGCUGGGAAAUGACGAGGUGGCGUCGACUGGUCUAGCGAAGCUGAAGCACGAGAUGGCGAAGUACGUCGCGAAUCAACAGCGAUACCCCCUCUACUACGAUAACAGCUGGAAGGGAGUCGUAUCGAAUGCUGGCUUCAACGACCCAGGUGCAGACUUUGGAAAUACGCACUACAACGACCACCACUUCCACUUCGGCUAUUUUGUAUACACAUCAGCCGUUAUCGGGUAUUUGGACCUAGAUUGGCUGACGCAAGGCCACAACAAAGCUUGGACAAAUAUGCUCGUCAAGGACUUUGCCGAGAGCGAAUACAACGGUAGAGACUAUCCUUUCCAGCGCAGCUUCGAUUGGUGGCACGGUCACAGUUGGGCGAAAGGAUUGUUCGAGUCAGCAGAUGGGAAGGAUCAAGAAAGUACGAGUGAGGAUGGCUUCGCAAGCUACGCGGUCAAGAUGUGGGGCAAGGUCAUUGGCGAUGCGAACAUGGAGAAGCGAGGUAACCUCAUGCUCGCAGUCCAAGCGCGCUCUUUCAACAACUACUUCUAUCUCCUUAGCAACAACCCCGUCCAACCGCCACGCUUCGUACCUAACAAAGUCACUGGGAUCCUCUUCGAAAACAAAAUCGAUUACACGACUUACUUCGGCGACAACCCCGCACUCAUUCACGGCAUCCACAUGGUCCCCCUUAACCCUGCAUCCUCUUACCUGCGUCCCCGCGCCUUCGUCAAGGAAGAGUGGGGCGCCAUGUUCAGCGACGGCAGGGCGCUGAGAGACGGACCCGACGGCGCCCAUGGUGGCUGGAGGGGCAUUUUGCAUGCGAAUCUUGCGCUGCUGGAUCCGAAGGCUAGUUUUGCGUUUUUCAGGGAUGGCGUCAGUGGGCACUGGGAUGAUGGGUGGAUCGAUGGGGGGGCGAGUAGGACGUGGUGUUUGGUCUGGGCGGCGGGGUUGGGAGAGCUUGUGAGGAGUGGUCGGUAG